CUCUUACAUCUGUUAAUGGUGGCAUCUAUCUCUCAGGCUGAGGAGCCAGUGUGCACACAGAGAGGGGACCCUGAGAUCCCUCAGAUGUUUAAGGAUGGGGACAUAAUGUUGGGGGGAAUCUUCGCUUUCCACAGCAGCUGGAAGAACAGACAGGAUUCCUACAUGGACAAACCACUGCCACUGCAAUGCACCAGCUUGAAUUUCAGAGGGUUCCAGUUUGCCCAGGCUAUGCUAUUUGCCGUAGAGGAGAUUAAUAACAGCACGGACCUAUUGCCUGGCAUCUCUCUGGGCUAUAGGAUCUAUGAUUCCUGUGGCUCAAUUGCCAAAAGUGUGAGGGUUGCAUUGGCCUUUGCAAAUGGUAAUGAAGUUGUAUCACAACCCUCUGAAGUACCAUGUACAAGACCUGCCCAAGUGCAGGCCAUUAUGGGAGAACAUUCUUCCUCUCCUUGCAUGGCUAUGGCUGCUGCCAUCGGACCCUUUCAUAUUCCAAUGAUCAGCCACUUUGCUACGUGUGCCUGUCUCAGUGAUAAAUCCAAGUACCCAUCCUUCCUCAGAACAAUACCCAGUGACUACUACCAGAGCAGAGGCCUGGCUCAGCUGGUUAAGCAUUUUGGUUGGACUUGGGUUGGAGCUAUUAGAACAAAUGAUGAUUAUGGAAACAACGGUAUGGCCACAUUCACAGAAACAGCCCAGCAGCUUGGCAUCUGUCUUGAGUACUCUGUGUCCUUCUUUAGAACCGAUCCACCAGACAAAAUACAAAAGAUAAUUGACAUUAUCAAGGCUUCCACUUCCAAGGUGAUCAUUGCUUUCCUCUCCCACAUGGAUUUGGAUGUGAUACUACAUGAAUUUUCUCACCACAACUUGACUGGGUACCAGUGGAUAGGCUCUGAGGGCUGGAUCCUUGAUUCACAAAUUGCAACCGUGGAUAAGCAUCACAUUCUAGACGGUUCUAUAGGCCUGUCUAUCCCCGAAGUACAUGUCAGUGGCAUGAGGGAGUUCAUGUUGGAUGUGAGGCCGCUCAAUGUAUCUAGUAAUGAAAUGUUUACAACGUUUUAUGAGACGUUAUUUAGCUGUAAGUUCAAGCAGUCAAAGUCUUCAUCAAGAAAUCAGAAAGAAUGUACUGGACGUGAAGAUUUGACUGAAGUGCAAAACAGCUUCACCGAUAUGUCUCUGAUGCCUAUCUUUAACAAUGUCUAUAAAGGAGUGUAUGCUGCGGCCCACGCACUUCAUGUUAUCCUCAGCUGUAACAACACAUGUAACACCAAGGUGCAGCUAGAUCCAUUUACGAUUUUACAGCACAUAAGAACUAUUCACUUUAAAACAAAGGAAGGAGAAGAGGUUUACUUCAAUGAAAAUGGAGACCCAGCAGCAAAGUAUGAAAUUAUAAAUUGGAAGCCAAGAGAAAAUGACAUUGUGGACUUUGUCACAGUUGGCCUUUAUGAUGCAUCUUUACCUGCAAACAAACAGCUAAAUCUGCAAAAUGAGUCUAUAACUUGGACACAGAACUCCCAACAGGUGCCUGUGUCAGUUUGCAGUGAAGAAUGUCUUCCAGGAACUCGCAAGGUUCUCCAAAAAGGAAUGCCUGUCUGCUGCUAUGACUGUAUAAGAUGUGCAGAGGGAGACAUCAGCAACAGUACAGAUUCGAUCACCUGUGUGCGGUGUCACCCUGAGUUCUGGUCAAAUGAAAGAAGAGAUGCCUGUGUAAAGAAGGAGGCAGAGUUUCUGUCAUAUGAAGAGAUUAUGGGAGCGCUGCUCACUGCAGCAUCCUUAUUUGGAACAUGCAUCACAGCUGUUGUGGCAUUCAUUUUCUUCAGAUACAGGAAAACUCCAAUUGUCAGGGCGAACAACUCUGAGCUGAGCUUCCUGCUGCUCUUCUCCUUGACUCUGUGUUUCCUGUGUUCUCUGACCUUCAUCGGUCGGCCCUCAAAUUUGUCCUGCAUGCUGCGACACACAGCAUUCGGCAUCACCUUUGUCCUCUGUAUCUCUUGUGUUCUGGGGAAAACUAUAGUGGUGCUAAUGGCCUUCAGGGCUACACUUCCAGGCAGUAAUAUGAUGAAGUGGUUUGGGCCUGCCCAGCAGAGACUAACUGUUCUGGGUUUUACUCUAAUACAAGUAAUGAUAUGUAUCCUCUGGUUAACAAUUUCUCCUCCUUUUCCUUUUAAGAAUCUUAAAGACUUCAAAGACAAAAUAAUCUUAGAGUGUGCUUUGGGCUCAGCUUUGGGCUUUUGGUCUGUACUUGGGUACAUAGGACUACUGGCCAUUUUAUGUUUCAUUCUUGCUUUUCUGGCUCGUAAACUGCCUAAUAACUUUAAUGAAGCCAAAUUUAUAACCUUUAGCAUGCUGAUAUUCUGCGCUGUAUGGAUCACUUUCAUCCCAGCGUAUGUAAGCUCUCCUGGAAAGUUUAGUGUUGCUGUAGAGAUAUUUGCUAUUCUGUCCUCCAGUUUUGGACUGCUCUUUUGUAUUUUCAUCCCAAAAUGUUAUAUCAUCUUACUCAAACCAGAGAGGAAUACAAAAAAAUAUAUAAUGGGAAAGGGAGCCCUAAAAUAA